GCGGAGCCUACUUCUCUUCAUCUUCCAGCGGUGGCAGCGCUCGUGAGGAGCUUUCAGGCAAACCUCUCGGCUUUCCCGCGCGGCGCCGCCUCCUGCUGCGCCUCGCCUCCUCUGCUCAGCCACCGAAGGUUUCCUCCUCCUCAGCGGUCAGCCCGCGUGCCGGCCGGCUCCGUUAUGGCGACCCGCAGCCCCAGCGUCGUGAUUAGUGAUGAUGAACCAGGUUAUGACCUAGAUUUAUUUUGCAUACCUAAUCAUUAUGCCGAGGAUUUGGAAAAGGUGUUUAUUCCUCAUGGACUAAUUAUGGACAGGACUGAACGACUUGCUCGAGAUGUGAUGAAGGAGAUGGGAGGCCAUCACAUUGUAGCCCUCUGUGUGCUCAAGGGGGGCUAUAAAUUUUUCGCUGACCUGCUGGAUUACAUCAAAGCAUUGAAUAGAAAUAGUGAUAGAUCCAUUCCUAUGACUGUAGAUUUUAUCAGACUGAAGAGCUACUGUAAUGACCAGUCAACAGGGGACAUAAAAGUGAUUGGUGGAGAUGAUCUCUCAACUUUAACUGGAAAGAAUGUCUUGAUUGUUGAAGAUAUAAUUGACACUGGCAAAACAAUGCAAACCUUGCUUUCUUUGGUCAAGCAGUAUAAUCCCAAGAUGGUCAAGGUCGCAAGCUUGCUGGUGAAAAGGACCCCUCGAAGUGUUGGAUAUAGGCCAGACUUUGUUGGAUUUGAAAUUCCAGACAAGUUUGUUGUAGGAUAUGCCCUUGACUAUAAUGAAUACUUCAGGGAUUUGAAUCAUGUUUGUGUCAUUAGUGAAACUGGAAAAGCAAAAUACAAAGCCUAAGAUGAAAGAAACAUCUGGAGUCCUAUUGACAUCGCCAGUGAAGUUAUCAAAUGUUCUAGUUCUGUGGCCAGCUGCUUAGUAGAGCUUUUUUGCAUGUACCUUCUAAGAAUUUUAUCUGUUUUGUACUUUAGAAAUGUCAGUUGCUGCAUUCCUGAACUCUUCAUUUGCACUAUGAGCCUAUAGACUAUCAGUUCCCAUUGGGUGGAUUGUUGUUUAACUAGUGAAUGAGAAAAAUCUCUUAAACCACACCACUAUUGAGUGAAAUAUUGAAAUUGUAUCUGUAAGAAACACUUAAAGAGAAGAUAUUUUAGUUUUUUAAUUGGUAUUUUAAUUUUUUAUAUAUUAAAGAAAGAACAGGAGUGAUUGAAUAUUGUUAAUUAUACCACCAUGUGUUCAGACAAGAAGCAGUUUUUGCAUCAGUGACGGCAUCUAAGAGGUUUUGUUCUGUUAAAUAAACCUGUGUCCCAGAAUUGUUUUAGUAGUGUUUCAGUAGUGUUGACUGUACUUUCCCACUUGUUCAGAUUAUUACCAGUGAGAUCUUUGUUGGCAGUUACUUUUAAAUGCAAAUUAAUAAAUUUAAAAAAAUUUA